AACACGCGUCAUUUCCAAGAAAUUCCGUCGCGCUGCUCCCGCCCUCAUGUAGCUCUGAAACGAUACAGGACUUUUAUACCGACGGGGUUAAUGUCAUGUUGAGUGUUGGAUUAUGUGAAUGUUUGUUUUAAACACUUUGGCAAUAAUGCGGAUUCAGAUCUUCCUCAUUACACUGAUCUUCAUCCACACCGCCGCUACAGAAGCUCAGAGUCGCCUCUCUCCUCCCAUCAAUGUGACUAUCCAGUGUGACACCUAUGGAGUUGAAGUACGCUGGGAAUAUCCGUAUCCCAGGCAGAAUGUAUCCUUCCAGGUGGAGGUGACAGACAAGGAUCAAACAUGGGAACCUGUUACAACAGGAUAUCACUCUUUGAACAUAUCCGGUAUGCUGUGGAAUCCAGCGUACAAUCACUACUUUGUCACUGUGAUGGCCGUGUGGGGGACAAACAAGUCUGAGAAAGCAGAAUCAGUAAUCUUCAGCUUCAAUCAAAACGCAGCGAGCGCAUUAAAGUGUCAGUUGGACUUCCCAGAGGUUAAACUGUCUCCCAAAGAGGGCAAACUCCACCUGGAGUUCAGCAAUCCUCUGCAGCUCUAUAGAAACACACCAGCUCUACGCAAUCUCAUGGAUCUUCUUGAAUAUUCUGUUGUAACAGAAGAGGGAAAAAAAGUAUUUAGCUGCGAAUCGAAUCUUGCAACAUGCGAGACUUCCAUUCAAUUUCGUAAGGAGAGGGAGAAGUACUGCGUCAGGCUCACUGGAAAUAUCGGACAGAGGCAUCUCAAGCCCACCUCCGGGUGUUACGAAGGAGACAUUAAAAGCUCUCAGAGUCGCCUCUCUCCUCCCAUCAAUGUGACUAUCCAGUGUGACACCUAUGGAGUUGAAGUACGCUGGGAAUAUCCGUAUCCCAGGCAGAAUGUAUCCUUCCAGGUGGAGGUGACAGACAAGGAUCAAACAUGGGAACCUGUUACAACAGGAUAUCACUCUUUGAACAUAUCCAGUAUGCUGUGGAAUCCAGCGUACAAUCACUACUUUGUCACUGUGAUGGCCGUGUGGGGGACAAACAAGUCUGAGAAAGCAGAAUCAGUAAUCUUCAGCUUCAAUCAAAACGCAGCGAGCGCAUUAAAGUGUCAGUUGGACUUCCCAGAGGUUAAACUGUCUCCCAAAGAGGGCAAACUCCACCUGGAGUUCAGCAAUCCUCUGCAGCUCUAUAGAAACACACCAGCUCUACGCAAUCUCAUGGAUCAUCUUGAAUAUUAUGUUGCAACAGAAGAGGGAAAAAAAGAAAAAUUGCGCUGCAAAUCGGAUCUUGCAACAUGCGAGACUUCCGUUCAAUUUCACGAGGAGAGGCAGAUGUACUGCGUCAGGCUCACUGGAAAUAUCGGACAGAGACAUCUCAAGCCCACCUCCGGGUGUUACAAAGGAGACAUCAAAAGCUAUUGGUUCCUGUAUCCGGUGCUGGGUGGUAUUGUGGCGCUGCUGUUUAUAGCCGGUUUAUUAGUGCUGCUAGCAAAGAAAUGCAGCAAGAAAAUAAAAAAGGAAGCAGCCUCUGCUUUUCCCAAGUUAUUGGAGGAUUUCAAUCUAACAAAAAAAGACCUGUUCAACCCCCUGAAACUGGAGGAGGAGAACGUGGUGAAGGACGUCCAGCUUAAACCGCUCACUUGCACUGGGGACCCCACAGAACGUGCAGCAUUAUUCGUGGAGAUCCCCAAGGAAGACCAGUCCUCCGAUGGGCCCGGUUCUUCCGUCAGCUCCGACCACAGCAGCAAGAAUGUGCAUGGCACGUUUAAUGGCUUCGUAGGAUAUGAGUCAGGCAAUUUGUUCAACAGCGACCUAUCGGCAGGCUAUGACUGUCCACAAGAAAUGAGUCCUGGUGAUAUGGUACUUGUUUACGGAGUCAAAACACUCAUGGGCACUUUAAUAGAUGCAAGAGACUAAUUUCAGAGGUCUACAUGAAAUGGGUUUAUUUGCUGGGAUCUUGGCUGGUCCGAGGCUAGCAAACUGCUGUGAUAGUUAGUACAUACACAGGUCUCCAUAUGACCUUUCCAGUUACUCCCGUUCACUGCAGUGAAAAGCAUAUGUCAUGAUGACGCGCCAUUUUCUUAAAGAAACACGAUUACACAAGUACAAGGAUAUAUUAAGUAUUUCAAGCAUUUGUUCCUCUCCAUUUAUAUUUAAGCAGGUUUGUAUAGUUUAUAAAAGUUUACAUAGGUUUUUAAGUGUAUACUGGAUAUUUUAAAACAUACUGAAGUAUUCUUGUUUGUCAGAAUUAUGUUUUUAAGCCCUUUGAACAAAGUUUGCUCAAAUCAUGUGACUCAAGCCAGUGGUCCGGUGCCACGUUCGGGUUUUGUCAGAAGUACGGCAAUUUCGAGACGACUAACUUGAUUAAACUCUCAGCUGUUCAUGUUCUUUGAUGAAAAAAUUAAGUGUUCCUAUGGCGACCCUCAAAACGCCAAAAUUGGUCUUGGGAAAUACAGAAGUCUUUCUAGCAAUUCAGUCCACUGUCAGCCAUCUUUGAAACACUCUCCGGAAGCUAUUUCCAGUCAUGACAGUGCAGCUCCUGUCUACUUGAAUGGGGGAAAGACCGAAAUCUCCAGCACGGUUGGACAAGAUUAUGAUCAAAGAUUAUAUUUUAAAACAGUUGUCAAGUCAAGUUGAUUGACAGGCGAUGUCUGUCUGUAUCUAAUAGGUGAUUGGCUCUUUUACUGUAAGGCGGGACUUCCUUUCUACAUCCGUUGACCGUUGGGUGUUCCAAUUUCUCCCCUUCAUUUGCAUACCAUAAUCAAGGUAGUAUAAUGUAUUCAGGAGCCGCUUAUGGACCGCUGAUUGGGUACAAUGGGGGGGGUGGCAUAGUGGGCUAAAGCAUAUAACUGGUAAUCAGAAGGUUGCUGGUUCGAACCCCACAGUCACCACCAUUGUGUCCUUGAGCAAGGCACUUAACUCCAGGUUGCUCCGGGGGGAUUGUCCCUGUAAUAAGUGCACUGUAAGCCACUUUGGAUAAAACGUAACUGUAAAUGCAAUUAUAUUUUCUGUUGUCAGAUCAGUUGAAUACUGGUGGUGAAAAAUGGUAAAUGUGAUUUAUAUCCAGAUUGUAUUUUUGUUUAUUAAAAAUGGCAUUGGGUUCCUAUGUGAAAACCUGUUGCACCUUAAGCACAGCAAACCUUUUCAAAAUAAUGGUUUAAUUUACAUUUUAAAGAGCACAUUCGCCCUCCAAAGUUGGUGAACGGCAGUUAGUAAGGAAAUUAUAUAUUCACCCCAUACAGAUAAACAGCCAAACUUCAUUAAGAGAGCGAUUUGUUAAUAUUCUGUUCAUUGUGAAAUAUCCAAUUCGACAGUUGUUCCAAAACAUUACAUAUUUGAACGAACGUGUCCUUGCACACUCAUCCUUGUUCUUAUCAGAACUAAUUUUUGUUUUGAUGUAUGACAUCAAGCAGGCCGCGCGGCCUACACCCAUACAGGAGCUUCAAGGGGGAAAACCACUUGGAGGCUUGCGGGACCUCCCAGACUGCAAAUAAUAGGGGUUCCAACCACUUACCCCAAUCCCUCACACCCUCCUGUAUGAACUUGCAAAUCAAGUUUUUUCAGGAUUUUAUUAAACCAUUCGACCAAGCCGUCCGUUUGCGUGUGAUACAUGCUUGUCCGAAUCUAUUUGCCCAAUAUUGUGUACGUGACAUAACAGCAGUGCCUUGAUUUGUGAGGAUUUCUUUUGGAAUCCUCAUCCGGGAGAUGACUUUGAAUUAUGUGAACUAUAAUUUAACUAUGUGCUGACAUGUUGUACACCAACCACUGUAAUGGCCCGACGAGGCCAAUGCAAAUUCUUUCGAUGGGUACAUUGAUUAACUGUAGAGGGCACUGUGGCACUUUUGGGGAGGCCGGUGGAUUCACCGACUGACAGUCACGGCAUGCCGCACACCACCUACGAACGUCUCUGUGAAAGCCUGGCCCAAAAAAAUGCUGACCCGCCAUGAUGACCAGCCAUCAUAUUAUGGUGAGCCACCUGGAAGAGAGUUUCCUGAUGGCUCUUCAACACUAUUAACUGGGUUGUAUUCUCUUUUGUUUGAGUGUCCUGCAUCACUUGAUACAACUGAUCUUUAGUAAUUGACAAAUAUGGGUAUGCGAGCUCAACGUUAGACUGGAGCUGUUGAUUACUCUCACUUGGUCAAAAGCGUUUUUGAGGGACUCGUCAUGUGAUUGCUCUAGAGGUAAAUCCACUCAGGCAUCUCCGUCAGGGCGGGGACUCCCUCCUUUGCGUCAUUUUGAUGCAGCAUCAAGCGUAGAUGGCCCUGCAAUGCCUCUUCCACCAUAGCAUCGCACGUCACACACAGAUACAUUAUUUCACGGGACCCAUCCACACAUAUUUACCUUAAUAAAUUCUUAAAAUCUGUCCAAUUCGUCCCCAAAAUCAGUGGAUGGGUGGGGCGGGAAUUAACUGCAGCCUCUACUCUAUGCUCUCUCCCCCUGAAUAUUAUUUCAAUGGUAACCACCUGAUACUGUCACCUGACUAUUUGUGCCCAAUGCCCCAUCUUUUUCCAAGCAUUGGUGGAUAGAGGUUUGGGAACAGCCAGAAUCCACCAAAGCUUGAUAUGUAUCCCCCUGGGUACUCACCAAUAUACAAUACAACCUAGCUCUAGGCCUGUGAAACAUCAGGACCAGGAUGCCCACCUCCAUCACUGGACACCGGUCCUGGAAAUGUCCUAGCUCCCCUACUUCCCUGGAAUACCUUCAUGUAAUCCUUGUCCAGCUGGACAGCUUCCUCCAGUGACGCCGGACAGUGGCACUGGACCCACUCAGCCAUACCAAGGGGCAGCUGGGAGAUUUCUUUUUCCAGUACCACCUGAUCUAUGAUGUCUCGAGCACGGCGGGGUCCCUCAGCCAGCAACCAUGGAGCUGCUGCACAAAUGCGAACGGCAGCUGAGCCUUCCCAGCAUCAAGGAGCGGAAGUGUUGAAGGCUCUGUUCAGGGCUCCGGCCGACCCACUGCAGGAUAUCUUCAUGAUAUAUUAUAGAUGUUGAGGUUGGCUGCAGGAAGUUGUUGGGCCGCUAGUUCCACCCACUGGUCGGGCGGCCACCUUCACACCUCGGCCGUUUUCUCAAAAAGGUCAAGGUAUGCCUUGAGAUUAUUGGCGAGCCCCAUAUUCACCAAGGUGAUUGGUGGACCGGGCGAGGCGGGCCCAGAGUUGGGGUAAAAACCCCCUCAUUAAAUUUUGGCCUGUCAUGUGUUCAACCGAUCCAAUCUAUGUUCAAUGGAAAUUAUUAAUUGUUGAAAAAGCUUUUGUACCUCCUUUGUACAUUUAGAACAUGAAAUUCCAAAUUUAGAGCAUAAGGGGUGCAGGGUAGCUCAGCAAGUAAAGACACUGACAACCACACCUGGAGUCGCAAGUUUGAAUCCAGGGCGUGCUGAGAGACUCCAUUCAGGUCUCCUAAGCAACCAAAUUGGCCCGGUUGCUAGGGAGGGUAGAGUCACAUGGGUAAACCUCCUCGUGGUCGCUAUAAUGUGGUUCUCGGUCUCCAUAGGGCGCAUUGUGAGUUGUGCGUGGAUGCCGCAGAGAAUAGCCUCCAAUAAUUCCAACUCAACAGGUUUAUUGUUAAAAUGGGUAUCGGCCAAAACUUUUCAUAUCGGUGAACCCCUAUAAAUAAUCCAAUGUUAUAUCCUAGUUUAGAACCAAAUAGGCAGUCCGGUAGAAAAAGCACGAUACAUAAAAUAUGUUCUCAACUACCGAUGAUCAGCUUUCCAAAAACACCCACAUUGAGCUUCUAGUCCAUUAAGAAGCCGAGAUAUUCUACGAAACAGUGAGGAAGGAGCUCAAAAUAUACACUUGAUGUCUAUGGAUGAUAGCUUAUGGAUGACACGAAUAUUUCAGAUCUGUUUAUUGUGAAGGAAGGUGAUAGAGAAACAAAUUAUUCCCCCUAGUAAUUGCAGCCAUCUAGUGGAUUAAAAUAAGACUUUUUGCAGGGAGAGAGAGA